AUUUUUUUAACACUCCAAAUUGGAGUGUCAUGAAGGGUUGGACAACUUUUGCCAAAUCUAUUCCUUCCCAACGUCCUCCAUUAUUUCUUCCGCAACAAAGAGCCUGACGGUUCUCCUUCACUCCCGCGGCUCCAGCAGACUGUUCUCCUUCUCCACCAGUGAAAAGAAUAGUCUGGCCUAGUGCUAGCCCAUUGCCCAAUCCCGCCUUACCCGCCUCACACCGUCGCAGACCCGCACGCCUCCCACCGCCGCUGCUUUUCAGUCUGCUUCUCUUCUCAGCUUCUGGGACUUCUACCUGCCUCCUGCUAAUCGUCCCAGGCAGCACCGCAGUAGUUACUUGAAUUUUUUUAUGAUGGAGAAUGAAGCAUCCACAAAAGAAGUAGACCUGGUUCUGAUUAAGCAAGGAGCUGAGGCAAGAGUAUUUGAGUCUAAAUUUGUAGGCAGGAGAUCAGUUGUCAAGGAACGAUUUUCAAAGAAGUAUCGACAUCCAACUUUGGACUUGAAACUUACUCUAAAACGCUUAAAUGCGGAGGCUAGAUGUAUGACAAAAGCUAGAAGACUAGGUGUUGCUACUCCUGUACUUUAUGCUGUUGAUCCUGUUCUGCACUCCCUGACUUUUGAGUAUGUAGAAGGGCCAUCUGUGAAAGAUAUCCUCCUUGGUUUUGGUUCUAGGGGUAUUGAUGAAGAAAGGAUGGCUGACAUUGCAUUUCAGAUAGGUUAUGCAAUUGGCAAAAUACAUGAUGGUGGACUCAUCCAUGGUGAUUUGACGACAUCAAACAUGUUAAUACGCAGUGGUACCAAUCAGCUGGUACUCAUUGACUUUGGUUUAAGCUUUACAUCAACACUUCCAGAAGAUAAAGCAGUUGAUUUAUAUGUACUAGAACGUGCAUUGCUUUCUAUGCACUCUUCAUGUGGAAAUGUGAUGGAUCGGACACUUGCCGCAUACAGGAAGUCCUCUAAACAGUGGUCAUCUACUCUAAACAAGCUUGCACAAGUUCGCCAAAGAGGUAGAAAGCGUACCAUGAUUGGCUGAGCUUCCAUGCUAUUCUAUUCUACAUCAUGGUUAGGUUUUGGCUUGUAUGAUGUGCUUUAAGUUGUCCUCAAUUUUCAGUUAUUUCUGGAUACUUUUCAAGAUCUUAUAGAAAGUGGGUAUUGUUAAGGAAAGAUUAUCACUUUGUUGGAUGCACAUGCUUGAAGAUCUGAAGGAAAUUUGAUCAAGUUAAACCCACUGGAUGGUUAGGACAUAUCACAUUAAGAUUGAUGAUUUGAGUGACUUUCCGAAUAGUUAUGUAGUCUACAUGUGGAGAUUUAAAGACGCUAAUAUGGUAAUAGUUUUUUAGAGAUCGUAUGUAUCAUUUUCAUUGUUUCAAGGGUUCCCCAUUCGAAUAAUUAAAUCAUGGUACCUAGUUUUUGUUUAGUUUUGCUUUUGUUUUUACCGAGGCAAUGCUGCAGAGGGUCUGUGAAAUGUUAUAGAAGACAUAAGUUGACCCAGUCUAGAGUCGAGUUUAAAAUAGAGACUAAGAGAAAAUGGCACACACCAUGAAUGUGGUGACAUAGGCAAGCUAGCACAUUUUUUUCUCCACAUAAUACUCACUUCCUUAUAUGUUGGAAAGUUUUUAUUUUAUUCUUUUAAUAA